AUGUCUGCCCCUUCGAUCACCAACUUUAUUGUCAAGCGCCCAUGGCUCCAGCGCUGGAUGAUGCCGCUGUCCCAGUGGUACGCCGACGCUGCCGGCUACAGGAGACUCGGCCUCAAGUACGACCACCAACCCCCCAACCCGCUCCGAUGUAUACGAAGACUGGGGCAGUUCGAUGACUUGAUCCCCGAGGAGAACCUCCAUGUCCAGAACGCCAUCAAGCGCCUGCCGCCCAAGGAGGCCUACGACCGUGUCUUCCGCAUCCGCCGCGCUUUCCAGUGCUCCAUCUCCCACACCCUACUCCCUCCCAACGAGCAGACCAAGCCUGAGGAGGAUGUUGAGUACCUGAGCCCGAUCAUCCGCGAGAUCGAGAAGGAGGCGAAGGAGCGCGAGGACCUGGACACCCUUGUUGUUCGCCGGUAA